AUGUCAAACAUAGCUCUUUCGUACUACAACGAUUCACCGCCAAAGCACGUCACAGUACAUUCAUAUCAACAAAGAUAUCAAAUAAUCAGCAACCUUGGAAAUGGAAGCUUCGGCACUGUUGAGCUAGCCAGGAUCAAAUUCCCCAAGGAAGAAUUGCUCUGCACGCACAUCCAUAAAUCAGGAACAUUGUUGUAUCCACUAGAUGAUUCUAAACGGAACACAUCAAAUCUUGUUGCUAUCAAGACUAUGAAGAAAAAGCUUCCAUCUUUGCAUGACUAUGCUAAAGUCAAAGAAAUUAAAUUCAUUUCAAGUGUUCCCUCGCAUCCCAAUUUAGUGCAGAUAUUUGAGAUUUUCAUUGACGAUUUGGACCAUCAAUUGCAUAUUACCAUGGAAGCGCUUAAUCAGAAUUUGUAUCAGCUAAUCAAGUCUCGGAAGGGGACCAGAUUUUCAUCAAUGACUUUAAGGAGCAUUUUGACCCAAUUAUUACAAGCUAUUAAGCAUAUCCAUCAUCACCAAUACUUUCAUCGUGAUGUCAAACCUGAAAAUAUUCUUGUUAUCCCAACCGCUCACUAUUAUGGAUCGAAAGAAUCGGUGCCAGCGUACAGACGAAAUGAUAACUUCCUCAUCAAGUUGGGGGACUAUGGUUUGGCUCGUCAUGUAAAUACCAUGAGACCGUAUACAGGCUAUGUGUCAACAAGGUGGUAUCGAUCUCCCGAAAUACUAUUGAGACAAAACAAGUAUGGCUGUGAGAUUGAUAUUUGGGCCUAUGGAACAGUCGCUGCGGAGAUUGUUAAUUUCGCCCCAUUGUUUCCUGGUGCUAAUGAAAUGGAUAUGCUUUGUAAAGUCAUUCAAACUUUAGGGAGCCCAACACUUCCAGGAAAAGUAGACCAAGAGUACUGUGUUCCAAUUGGGGGAUACUGGCCACAAGCUGCAAUUUUGAGUCAUGCUCUUGGACAUCUGUUACCAUUUGACCGAGGAUUUACACGUGCUCAAAUUCUUCCUGAUGCUGGACGUGAGUUAUGCGACGCGAUAAUGUCAUGUUUGCAAUGGGACCCUAUCCUGAGACCAACUGCUCAAGAGCUUGCAUGUUUUGAGUAUUUUUCUAAAUAA